AUGCUGGCUUACCACUCUUCUCUCAUGGAUCCUGACACCAAACUCACUGGAAACAUGGCACUGUUACCCAGAAGUCAAUUCAAAGGACCUGCCCCCAGAGAGACAAAAGAUACAGAUAUUGUGGAUGACACCAUCUAUUACUUCAAGGCCAAUGUCUUCUUCAAGAACUAUGAAAUUAAGAAUGAAGCUGAUAGGACCUUGAUAUAUAUAACUCUCUACAUUUCUGAGUGUCUGAAGAAACUCCAAAAGUGCAAUUCCAAAAGUCAAGGUGAGAAAGAAAUGUAUACACUGGGAAUCACUAAUUUUCCCAUUCCUGGAGAAUCUGUUUUUCCACUUAAUGCGAUUUAUGCCAAACCUUCAAACAAACAGGAAGAUGAAGUGAUGAAAGCCUAUUUACAACAGCUAAGGCAAGAGACUGGACUGAGCCUUUGUGAGAAAGUUUUCAACCCUCAGAAUGAUAAACCCAGCAAGUGGUGGACUUGCUUUAUGAAGAGACAGUUCAUGAAGAAGAGUCUUUCAGGACCUGGACAGUGAAGG